AUGGAAGAAAUGAAAGAUUCACUCGAGGGUUUUUUAUGCCCUGUUUGCAGAACUAAUUUUAAAACCGAUAGACAGUUAUUAGCUCAUUAUCAAGAUAAACAUUCUGAUGAUUUAUUAAAAUCAGUUAAAGAUAUUUAUGAAAAAGCGAAAAAAAAAAUAUUAUCAAAGGACUUGAUUAAUCCGAGUGGCGACGAAGAAGACAAUAUUGGUAAAAAAAUUCCAGGAUAUGGUAGAAGUGAAGUUAAUGAUGAAAUAGGAGCAUUUAAAAAUCACACUGAUUAUUAUAAGAAUGUUAGAACAAACAAAAUGGAACAUUAUGCAGCACAAACGAAUAAUUUAAUUAUAAGACUUGAAAAACUACUCGUGAAUUUGCCUUCGGAUCCUGUUAAAAGAAAAGUUCAUGAACAAGAUAUUGUUCCUUGGCUCAAUGAAAAAGAUGUCAAACUAUGUCCUGGCUGUGCUAAAUCAUUUACUCUUUUGAGAAGAAAACAUCAUUGCAGACUUUGCGGUUCCGUUAUGUGUAACGAAUGUACUUUUAUAUUACCAUUGGAUAGAGCACGUAAAAUGACGAAUAGCUUGAUAGAAACAACAUCAUCAUCAUCAUCUUCGUCAUCGGGAAAUUCUCAAAAUGAAUUUUCUACGGCGAAAAAAUUACCGGUAAAAGCUUUACUGAGAUCACCAUCAGGUGCUGCAAUUCAAUCCGUUUUAGCAUUGGAUUUGGCCAACGAAACAUUUUUCAGAGUUUGCGAACAUUGUUAUAAACUUUUAGACGUUAGACAAAAAAUAAAAGAUGACAGCACUCAAAAGCCGAUCAUUUGUCAGUUUUAUGAAAAAAUGAGAGGAAGCGUAAACGAAGUUAAUUCUCAGCUUCCCAUGUACCUAAAAAUGUUUAAAUCUUUAAGUAUGGGAGAAACGAUAUAUAAUUUAUCGGAUGCGGAAAUGAUUCGUAUAAAAAUAUUAAAGGCAGCUGAAAAUAUUGAUAUGUUGAGUCAAAAAAUAGCCAUUUUGGGUCAGAAUAGCGAGAGUCCACCUAUGGAAAAUCAAUUAAUGUUACAAAAAGCAAUAAAUAAUGCGGCGACAUAUUAUUUAAAAGAAAAAAUCGUUUCGUUACCAUCUCUACCGAAAGAAGAGGAAAUAAAAGAAGCGCAAGAGCGACGAAGGUUAGAAAUUGCUAAAAGAAUCGAAGAAGAAAAUCGUAUAGAAUCAUCACUCGAAACCGUUGAUCAUCCUGUUGAAAAUAAAACGAAUAAAUCACUUCCGGUGACAAAAAGUCAAGGAGGAAAUACAUCGUACGGAUCUAAAGAAGUCGUGGUUGAAGAUGGUUGGACACCAAAAGUUUCACAAAGUGCAUUCGGUAUAAUAUCCGAUCAUCCAAUCAUUCAACAAAUUAACAUAAUUAAAGGUUACAUAAAACAAGCGGAAUCGGCAAAUAGAUUCGAAGAAGUAACCACAUUGCAACAAAAUCUUCGUGAUCUCGAAGAAGAAUUUUGGAGGCAAACGAAAGAAAAUUACCUUUAUAAAUAUUUUGCUAGUCUUUAUUGA